CUCUCCACAGAAUGUUGUUCGCUCUGAAAUUGGCAAUUAUUUUCGGGCUCGUCCUGGCCGUUAGGAUUGGGGCCAUUUCUGCUGCAAUGUCCAUAAACAGCUACGAGAAUCCAGGCUAUCCCGGUCGGUGUGUUAUUGAUACACCGUCUUCCGUUGUUCUGCUCGAGUCGGGCCAGGCCUUUAAGCUGCCGAACAUCGACUGUGCCACAAUAUUCUGCAUUAGCAAUGGCUGGGGCUCGCUCUUCACCUGUGAGAACAAGGCACCGCCAGAUGAUUGCCGAUUCUCAGAUGCAUUGGAUCCGAAUGCCCUCUAUCCAGAGUGUUGCAAGCGUCGCGUUAUAUGUGAUUAACGGUUGCAACCAUCAUUUUGUUACCAGUUAAAUUUCAAUCCAAAUUUGCCUACCAGAAUUAAAUACCAUAAAGAGA